AUGAACGGCUUCCUGGGGCGCUAUACAGGAGAUGAAGUAUUAAUUGCACCUGAGGGCCUGCGGGGGCUCGAUCGCCUCCUGACGACUACGCGGGGCGGGAGGCGAAGCCGAAGCCGUCGCCGCGGGUCAGACGGACUCUGCUGGAGCAAAUUACAUUUGUGGGUUGCCAACGCAGGAAACUUGUGGGGAUAUGUGGCACCCUCGAGAUCCACUGCUAACUGUACCUUACCUUUGGAGAGUGCCUCUAAACAGUGCCACCAUGUGUUUACUGUAUAUAGUGUAAAUAGUGACGCACGUGCAUCCUACGAGUGGAAAUGCCUCAGACGGCGGCGGUGUGGUGGGUCGGGUGAGCAAAGAGCAGCGAAGAUUCACAGGCGUGAUAAUAUUUUGGUCUCUCGUGAAUCCCGGGACAGCGAACAAGGGGGCGCUGAGACCCGCACGCCCUCUUCAAAGAUAACCACGAUGUCCAGUGAUAAACCAGUUGCCACAGACGCUAACGUCGCCUGGGGGCAUGAGGCGAGGGCAUGGCACCAUGAGCUGGUGUGCGGCCACGAGGAACACCUCUCCCGCGAGCCCGCUGGGGCGCCUUCGAGCAAGAUGAAACCACUGCGAUCUCAAGUUAGCUUUAGUAAGGAUAGGAACUUCACGUUUCGUCGCAAAACCGACAGUUUCAAAGAGAAGAAAGAUGAAGACAGCGAUAAGGAGAAGGAAAAGGAGAAAGAGAAGGAGAAGAGUAAAGGCAAAGACAAGGAGAAAAAGGGCGACGGCCACCAGAUAACGUCUGCCAUCGCCUCGUCGCUCGCCGCAACGCUGUCGCCAUUCUCAUCGUUCGUCACUUCCCAUUCCCCCCGGGGCAGCCGCAAGCCGUCCCCGAGCCCCACGGGUUCUCGCAGGUCGAGCCCCCCCUCCCCCAGGGUGCAGGAGCCCCCGCACCACCACCCCCUCCUGCCCGUGCCGAGGACCAACUCCUUCUCCCACCGCGCCAUCCCGCACGCGCCGCACCCCAAGGCCCGCACCAACUCCUUCAAUAUCCCCAACUCCUCCUCGUCCCCAAGGGCCUCCUGCUCCCCUGCAAAGGCGUCUUCGAGGGCGUCCUGCUCCCCGCUCCCCUCCAGCAGCCCCAGCAUGUCCCCCAGCGCCUCCAGCCCGUCCCUCAGCCCCAGCACCAGCAGGUCGGAGAGCUCGUCCUCCGUCAGCGACACCACGGACGAGGACCCGCCGCCCCCCCAGCUCCCCCACGGGGGCUGCCGACCCAAAAUCCGGGUGUCCUCGGAGGACGACGACAGCGUGGAGCCCUCGCCGCCCGCCGGGGACGAGGGCGGCGACAAGGGGAGCGCCGGGGGUGAGAAGAAGGCCAAGAUAGCCCAGGAGCCUCGGGUGCUUCCCUACAGGAUCGAGGAGGGCUGGGAGCUGCGCCAUUCCACGGACACUGUGGCCAAGCACAGGUAA